GACCAGGUCCCUGGGCCUGAAGAAGGGCGCCGGCCGGAUCCUGGCGGUGGCAGCAGGCGGAGCACGGAGAGCCGGGCGACGUGCAGGAGGAGGAGCCUGCCGCCAGCUCCGCUGUUAUGUCGCGACAGGCAAAGGAUGACUUCCUGAGGCACUACACAGUCUCAGACCCCAGGACCCACCCCAAGGGUUACACAGAGUACAAAGUAACCGCUCAGUUCAUCUCAAAGAAGGACCCAGAGGAUAUCAAAGAGGUAGUAGUCUGGAAGAGAUACAGUGACUUCCGUAAGCUCCAUGGGGACUUGGCCUACACUCACCGCAACCUCUUCCGCCGCCUAGAGGAGUUUCCAGCUUUCCCUCGUGCCCAGGUGUUUGGUCGGUUUGAAGCCUCCGUGAUUGAGGAACGGCGCAAGGGUGCGGAGGACUUGCUGCGUUUCACCGUCCCCAUCCCUGCACUCAACAACAGCCCCCAGCUCAGGGAGUUUUUCCGGGGUGGGGAGGUGACCCGGCCCUCUGAUGUGUCCAGGGACCUGCGAAUCCUGCCACCCCCUCUCAUCCCCACACCACCGCCUGAUGAGGCCCGGCUACUCCAGCUGCUGCCUGCGGAAAGGAGAGGCCAGGAGGAGUUGGAGGUGCCAGUGGAUCCCUUACCAUCAAGCCCCGCCCAGGAGGCCUUGGAUCUUCUCUUCAACUGUGACAGCACCUCCGAGGACGCUUCCAGCUCCCCAGCUCGAGGGCCCCUCUCUGAGGCUGAACUUGCCCUUUUCGACCCUUACUCCAAAGAGGAAAGUGCAGGCCCCAGCCCCACUCACACAGGCGAGCUGGCAGCCAUGGAGGUGCAGUCUAACAGGCUGGACCAGGAACCCUGGGAGCCAGGAGGACGGGAGGAAGAGGAGGCUGUGGACGGAGAACCUGCCCCAGCUUACCUCGGCCGGGCCACAGAGCUCAUCACUCAAGCCCUGCGGAAUGAAAAGGCUGGCGCCUAUGCUGCUGCCCUCCAGGGCUACCGGGAUGGGGUACACAUCUUGCUUCAAGGAGUCUCGGGUGACCCAUCCCCUGCCCGCCGGGAAGGCGUGAAAAAGAAGGCAGCUGAGUACCUGAAACGGGCAGAGAUGCUUCGAGAGUACCUGCCCUGAGGCGGUGGACCCUUCCUGGGCCGUCAGCUCCAGCACUGCCAGCCCCUCCACGCCUCUCGGGACCUGGCCUUGUUUCCCGCUCCUUAACCCCAGAGGCCGUAUCUGUAUUAACUGGAUCAAGUAUGAGAAAAGCAAAGACUUCUCAGCUCCGACCUGCCUGCUGCCUCCUUGGAAUCAGACUUGAACUUCUGGUCCUGCCUGUCUGUUUUAUGUGAGUGGAUUCUAUCAAUUCACCCAUUAGAGCCAGGGUCUAUAGCCAGACUUGGCCCACUGCCUUUUUUGUAAGGUCCUCUCUCCAGCUAUAACUGUUUUUUCUUUUU